GAAUAAUUUCCCCUUACAUAUUGAGCUGAGAGAAAAACCCUGUAAAGAUGGCCCCUUCAGUUUCCAAGUAUAUAUAUACAGACAAUACAUACAUAUACCCUACAACCUAGAUCACUAUCGCUUCGCCUAUAACACUAAAAAAGACCCCUUUUUUAUUUCCUUUUUUCCCCUCCUUCUUGGCACAUAACACCCAUUCCUCUUUCUCUUUCUUGAGAUUAAAAAGGAAAAAAAGGGAGAGAAAAAUAGAUGAAUCAGAUGAUGGGCGACAAGGAGAACCCAAAAAAGCCAAUGGGUAAUAAUGGUAAGAAGAAAAAGAAAAAGAGGGGCGGUGCGAAGAGGAAAAUGACCCUUGAGCAGACGGUGGCGUACAAGGCAGUGAGUGAGUGGAUUUUCUUGGACCAGUCGAAUAGUAAUUGUAACCCAUUGAGUUUUGGUGACCCGUUUCUUGAUGAUUUUGGAGUGAAAUGGUACCAGCCAAAGGAAAAGCUUGUGUUCGAAUUUCACUGUCACACCACAUGCAGUGAUGGGUUUUUGUCCCCUACUAAGCUUGUUGAGAGAGCACAUCAAAAAGGGGGAUAUGAGAUGUUCCAAAAUUUUGAUGCCGGUGAGCAAAUGGAAGUAGACAGUGUUGUUGACUAUGCAUUUGAUUUAGAUGUGAGGCAUAUGUCGAACAAGAUUAUAUGUGAAGAACAGUAUAAAUAUGCCUCACAAACUGGACAGGUGAAAGUCUUGGCUUUGACGGAUCAUGAUACGAUGUCUGGCAUCCCUGAAGCCAUAGAAGCAGCUCGAAAAUUCGGCAUCAAAAUAAUUCCUGGGGUUGAAAUCAGCACAAUUUUCUACUCAAGAGGGGACUCAGGUACACAAGAACCCGUUCAUAUCCUGGCUUAUUACAGUAGUUGUGGGCCAACGAGACCCGCAGUUCUUGAGAAGUUUUUAGGGGAUAUUCGAGAUGGAAGGUUCUUGAGAGCAAAGAACAUUGUUUCAAAGCUGAACAAGCUUAAGCUGCCUGUUAAAUGGGAAAAUGUAGUAAAAAUUGCAGGAAAAGGUGCUGCUCCUGGAAGGCUUCAUAUUGCCCGUGCCAUGCUUGAGGCUGGACACGUCGAAAAUCUAAAACAAGCUUUCUCGAGAUAUCUUCAUGAUGGUGGCCCCGCUUACUCCACAGGAAGUGAGCCCGUGGCAGAGGAAGCUGUGAAAUUAAUAAUUGAGACAGGAGGUGUUGCCAUAUUAGCACAUCCAUGGGCUCUAAAAAAUCCUGCCGUUAUAAUCAGAAAACUGAAGGACGCUGGCCUACACGGUUUAGAGGUAUAUAGAAGUGACGGCAAGCUAUCAGUGUAUAGUGAUUUAGCGGAUGCACACGAUCUUUUGAAGCUUGGAGGAUCAGAUUAUCAUGGAAAAGGGGGACAACAAGAGUCGGAUGUGGGGACCACGAGCCUUCCCCUCUUGAUGGUGCAUGAGUUCCUUAAGGUGGCUCGGCCCAUUUGGUGUAGAGCCAUAAGAGACAUCCUAGAAAGUUACAUUCAAGAUCCUUCCGAAUCAAAUUUCCAACAUAUAGUUAAAUUCGGAAAGGCCAAAGCUUCCAAGAGUAGUUUGUCUUUCAGCAGUGACAGUGAGUUGAUCAACUAUUGUUUGUCAUCAUGGCUUUCGAAUGAAGAGAGAGAAAGUGCGGAUUUUUUGACGAUCAAAUUGGAGCUCGACCAAUUGGAGGCUGCCCGUUUACAGUCGGAGGCAAAUGAAGAGGGUAUUUAAUUUUGUUAAAGGUGUUUUUCAUUGACAAGAAGAUGAAUUUUGUUACAUUUUGGAAAGCUGAGAUUGUGAAACAGGUCAAAGAACAAAAGUAUAGUUUCUUUUACAGUUCUAUCAUUUUUCAUUUGAAGUUGUAAUUUAUAGAAAAAUUCUGAACAGUCUUCUGAAUGAACUGUGCAUAUUGUGGGUUCAGGUGCUCAGUUUUUGGAUUGAGCCUUCUCUAGGAGAAUAGAUUUGUAUUACUUCUCCAUACCCUAGGAUUCAGAUCUUAGCAAAGUAGAUGUAUCGAGAUUUUAAUUUUUAUUUUUUCUUUAGAUCGAGCACAUUGUACCUGAAAAUUUAGGGUG